AUGUCCUCGUAUGAGAACGCAGAGCCGGAGGUACAGGAUGGAGAAGGGGAGGAGAGCUCUUGUCAAGGCGCUUUUGACCUGUAUUUUGUGCUCGAUAAGUCUGGCAGCGUGAAGGAUCACUGGAAUGAAAUUUAUGAGUUUGUGGAGAAUUUAGCUGAAAAAUUCAAAAGUCCCUUGUUGAGGAUGUCCUUCAUAACAUUCUCCUCCAGAUCAUCCACCAUCAUGAAACUGACAGAAAACAGAGUAAACAUCCGAAAAGGUCUGAACGCUCUCAAAAGAGAGAUUCCUGGUGGAGACACAUUCAUGCACCUCGGGUUACAGAGUGCAAACGAGCAGAUAGUGAGGGAGAACUUUGGCACAGCGAGCGUGAUUAUUGCACUGACAGAUGGAGAGCUGCUGGAGCAACAGCUCAUCAACGCACAGCAACAGGCAGAGAGAGCCAGGUCUCUGGGAGCUAUCGUGUACUGUGUUGGUGUCAAAGACUUCAAUGAGACGCAGCUGGCCACCAUCGCAGACACCAUAGAGCAUGUGUUUCCUGUGCUGGGAGGUUUCCACGCCCUCAGGGGUGUCAUUGAUUCGAUCAUCAAGAAAUCCUGCAUUGAAAUUUUGGCGGCCGAGCCCUCCAGUGUGUGUGCAGGAGAGUCUUUUCAAGUGGUGGUGAGAGGGAACGGAUUUUUCCAUGCAAGAAACAUCAGCCAGGUGCUCUGCAGCUUCAAAGUCAAUGACACCAUAACAAUCAAUGAAAAGCCGGCUGAUGUAGAAAACACCUACUUACUGUGUCCAGCUCCUGUCAUUGAUGAAGUUGGGAAGUAA